AUCUGUGGUACAGUAGCAUACGAGUCGUCUCCCUCCGAAGUUCUUCCCCAGAGUUUUAAUGCGUGCGGAGGCAGAGCCAAAACGUCGAGGAGUCGCUCUUUCCACUCGAGGUCGCAGAGGGAUUAGUCAAAUUGAAAAGGUGUCAGAUCCGCUCGAGGUCGCAGAGGGAUUAGUCUAAAUUGAAAAGGUGUCAGAUUCGCUCGAGGUCGCAGAGGGAUUAGUCUAAAUUGAAAAUGUGUCAGAUCAGGUCUCCUAGCGUGCGCACGAUUCAGUCGAACUGCCUGGCGAGGGUGACAUUAUUUUCUUGACCUUCAGUAAAACAAGGAGUAGGAAAAGAACUGAAUGAAGUCAGAGUUUGACUUUCAACCACUUAUCAGAAAGUCUUCUGGAUAUUGUUUCGCUAGCAGCAUAACUUCUUUAUACACAUCUUCUGUGCGGUCUGCUCCUUGAGCCACGGCUCCAAGCACCUGACAAACGCUAGCUGAGCACUACUCUACACUCCUCCAAUCCUUCAACAGGGACCGGACAACCUGUGAACACAUUUACAAUAAUGAACUCUGUGUACGGGGCUUGAUGGCAAUCAAGAGGAGGGUCAUGUACUAGCUGGCAGGCAAGGUUUUACUGUUUCAGGUUGGCGGAAACAGCUGAGAACCCAACACACACCUUGCCCUAAGGACAAUUCCAGGCAGACUCCAUUUGAUUUACAUCGGGACAGACAACCAGGCCCCAUACACAAACACACACUCUGGAAACCAAGCAACCAACAGAAGGCAGAGGAACACAGCCUCUAACAACCAACUACCCCACCUAUCUCACCAUCUCACCCAGUUGAUGCCUAGCCUAACCUAGGCCCGGAGAUAAAAAUGUUCUCUGCUGGCUGUUCUGGUUGAUUCCUAUCUGACUGACACACGCAGGCAUACAGACUGGCUGGUUUGGGCGUUUUGUGACGCUCUUCUGUACGUUCAUCAUCAUUGUGUAUCCGAAGGAAUCAACAUGCACCUGACUGGGUAAGGUUGAGGCCUCGAAUGCCAAGGACCACUUAGACGCGGUAUAGACAACUGACCUCGUAAGGACCCUGUGUGGUUACUGGUCACUGGUGUGGUGGUCAGUUAUGGGUAAGGAACAGGACUUCCUGGUGGCAGUGAAGAGUGGAGACAUCCUCCUGGCACACAAACUUCUGGCUAAGGUUAAAUGCAACAAAACCAAGUUGCUGAGUUCAACAAAGAGGCUGAACAUCAACUAUCAGGACUCAGAUGGGUUUUCAGCGUUACACCAUGCAGCUCUAACGGGCACCACUGAACUGCUGUCUCUACUACUGGAGGCUCAAGCCACUGUGGACAUCAAAGACACCAAUGGUAUGCGUCCGCUCCACUAUGCAGCGUGGCAGGGUAAAGCUGACUCUGUGUUGCUGCUACUAAGAGCUGGAGCAUCAGUUAACACACCGUCACAAGACGGACAGAUACCUCUACACCUGUCUGCACAGUAUGGACACUACCAGGUGUCUGAGAUGUUACUCCAGCACCAGUCUAAUCCAUGUCUGUUGAACAAAGCCAACAAGACCCCUCUGGAUCUGGCCUGCGAGUUUGGCAGACUCAAGGUGGCUCAGUUGUUAUUGAGCAGUAACAUGGUGGUAGCUCUGUUGGAGGGGGAGGGUCUAGACUUUACCUCCUCCAACACACCUCUUCACCUGGCCGCUCGCAAUGGACACAAAGACAUCAUCAGGUUGCUACUGAAGGCUGGUAUAGACAUCAACAGAGCCACUAAGGCUGGGACCUCUCUGCACGAGGCUGCCCUCUAUGGCAAGACGGAAGUAGUGCACCUGCUGCUGGAUGCUGGUAUUGAUGUAAACCUAUGUAACACGUACAACCAGACAGCUCUGGACAACGUUAACCAGUUCACCACCACAUCAGCCAGCAAGGACAUCAAGAUACUAUUGCGAGAAGCAUUAGGGUCUCUCCAGGUGAGAGCGGUGAAGGACUACUGGAACCUUCACGACCCUACAGCCCUCAACCUCCGAGCAGGAGACCUCAUUAUGGUGUUGGAGCAGCACAUGGACGGAAGGUGGAAAGGUUAUAUUCAUGACAACCAGAGAGGAACGGACCGGAUUGGAUACUUCCCUCCGUCUGUAGUGGAGGUCAUCAGCAGGAGAGCAGGGGGUACUCUCUCACGUCAGGUCUCGUUGCCAAGCCAACGGCAGCAGCACUUCCUGUCCAGAGCUCCUCCCACCAGUAUUGGCUCUACCCCCCAGACUGAUGACUCCUACACCUUGUACUACGACCACGCAGGUACCUGUACACCUGGCAGUCUCAUUUCAGCCCCAGCUAGUCCAGCUAGCCCCAGUGAGGACAUAUGGGUCCUCAGGAACUCUCACACUGCAGGAGACAGGAACAGUGUUGGCAGUGCAGGCAGCAGUGCAGGUAGUGUGGGCAGCAGUCGUAGUGCUGGCAGCGGGCAGAGCUCCGAGAACAGUUUUGGACAGAACGGGUCACACACUCGCCAAACCGCAGCCACAUUGGGUUCCUACAUGGCCAAGCUGGCUCCCUCUGCUGGUGAAUCAGAACAGCAGUUUCGCUCAGUAGGACCAGUCCACAGCAAACAACCUGAUGGAUCUACAGGUGGUCCGCGUCAUCAGGUCAGCGGUGGUACUCGGUCAGGGGAGCAGGGUGGCUUCAUGCGUCCAGAUCAGCUCCUGGAGGGCAGGGACUCUGAGGCCAUCUACCAAUGGCUGUGUGAGUUCCAGCUGGAGAGCUACACUGCUAACUUCCUUACAACAGGAUACGAUGUGCCUACUAUCAGUAGGAUGACCCCAGAGGACCUGACCGCUAUCGGUGUGACCAAGCCAGGCCACCGUAAGAAGAUCUCCAUGGAGAUAGGCAACCUAAACAUCCCAGAAUGGCUACCUGACUACAUCCCUUCUGAGCUGUCAGAGUGGUUGAGUGCGAUUGGUCUCCCUCAGUACCAGAAAAGACUGUGUGAGAACGGUUAUGACACCAUCAGCAUCAUCAAGGAUAUCACAUGGGAAGACUUAUCAGAGAUAGGAAUCACUAAACUGGGUCAUCAGAAGAAGCUGAUGUUAGCCGUGAAGCGUUUAUGCGACCUGCAUCGUUCCCGUCACCAUGCCAAUGGCUCCGGCACGCUACGGUGUAGUAAACCCCUCGCGGCUCUGGAGCUGGUGGCUAUCGAGCCCCCUGAGCCCCCUGCCGACUGCUGCCCCCCAUCCCCCCACACUCCCAGGACACCCCUCCUUUCCUUUCAGGACAGCGAGCUGAGCACAGAGCUACAAAACGCCAUGAUGGGCAGGGCAAGAGGAGGAGGGGUGGGGAUAGGGGGGUUUGGGAUGUGUGUGAGAGGUGUGGUGAGGGGUGUGGUGUCGCCGAUGUCGCUCAGCCAGGAGAGCAUUGGAACGCGUUCCCGCGGAUCUGGGAAUUCUGGGAAUUUUUCGGGAUGUUCCCAAGAGCUUCACCAACACACUCUUGCAUCGGCUGGAGUGUACAGUCGCUCGGACGAGAGCCUGGGGGGAGUGGGAGGAAGAUGGUCGAGACAGGGGGGAGGAGGGAGUCCAGAGAGAGACAGGCAGAGACCCACAGAGUUGUGGUCAGACCAGCUGCACCAGCCCCCCACUAAACUACCCAUCACCCCCAUCACCCCUCCUCUCACCCCCAGCAAGAUGCCCCGCUUCGCCUACCCAGCCGUGCCCGUGCCCAGUAAACCCAAACCCUGCCAGUCCCCUGCCCACCCCCAUCGCCCCUCCUUCUCUCCCCAGGCCUCCCCCACACAGAGGACCUUCAGUUACCUCCACACCCAGGGAGGAUGUCCCGAUCUGGGCCAGCGUGGUCUAACCAAGCCCCAUGCUGGAGCUGUCCCCCUCCCAGGAAUAGGCCUCAACACAGAGGCCCUUAAGGGCCCUAAGAAACGCACCCAGAGUCUGACACACUAUUCUCUGUCAGAUGGAGAACCGGAAGACGACGAGUUAUCGGCGCAAGAAUCCGUUCCCCCGGUGACCAUACCCUCGUACGCCACACUAGGACGCAAACCAGGCCGCCAAUCCUCCGCCGUCCAACGCCACAUCAGCCGGAGCCACACAUUCGCUGUGCGCUCUCGCCGCAAAGGCCCGCCCCCACCACCACCUAAGAGGUUGAGCUCGGUGAGUGGCAGCCAGGCCAACGAAUCAGGAGGAGCAGCAGUAGUGUCAGUGGAGGUGCCAGGGGUGGAGACUGAGAGUGCAGGCAGUGUGAGGAGCAUUGCAGCCAGGCUACAGGGGUCCGGGCCCAGGGGCAGUCUCUCUAAGGGGGUAGAAUUACCCUCCCCACGCACCUCCACCCUCGCCUCCCACAAACCUGUACCCGCUCUGGGGCUGGAAGGCCUGAGGAGGAUGGGGAGCGAGCGGAGGGAUAGAGAUGGAGGGAUAGAGAGAAUCCCAGAAGAGGAGGGCGAGAGAGGGAGGAAGAGUGGUUCAGUAUUGGAAAGCUCUACGUCACUUCAGAGGAGCUCCAGUGAGAACCUCCCUUUCGCGGAGGAGGGCAACCUCACCAUCAAACAGCGGCCCAGGUUGGGAGCAGGUUGCCGGGCAGAGCCUGAAAUCCAACCCCAGGCUUCUCUAGAAGACCCAAAGAUGCAGCCCCCAAAGUCCCUGGAGAUCCCAGAGUUCAACCUCAAAGAGUCGGACACGGUCAAACGGCGGCGUCAGCCCAAAGACCGGGACACACACACACUGGACGAGAUCUUCACCCCCAGCGAAGAUGACGCACACACACAGCCGCACACACACAGCCGGUCCAACGGCUUCCACACACACCCAAACAGAGACAUAAAGAGUCAGGAGGAAGCAGGUGUGAGGUCAGAGCGCAGUUUACAGAGAGUAGGAUCGACAGGGAAAUGCCAGAAACCACCUCUGUCCUCCAAACCAACCAGCACUCCCCUCAAACCAGCUGGUCAACAGAUACACACAACUACAUCUAAACCAGGCAGUCAACAGAUACACACAACUACAUCUAAACCAGGCAGUCAACAGAAGACAGCACCAACGUCCAAAUUAGGUAGCACACACAACCAUAUAACCACUCCUAUACCAGCCAAUCAACAAAUACACACAAUCAACAAAACUUCAUCAAGACCAGCCAGUCAACAGACACGGGCAACUAUCCAUAUACCAGCCAGCCCACAAAAUACACGCACAACCAACUCUAUACCGAUCAAUCCACAGAAACUAGUAACAGCAGCCAAACCAGCCAGUCCACAGAAAACAAUAACAUCCAAGCCAGUAAAUCACCAUACGCCUGCUACUGUCUCUAGACUUCCCCAGCGCAGCACAUCCAUAACGUCAGCCCCUACAGCCCGUUCCCCUGGUGUGACUCUCAAUGUGGUCCAGAGUGUGGUUUUCACUUCCCCAGCCCAGGCAGCCCCCGUUUCAUCCUACCGCACCUUAGGGCCUCCAGGCCAGGCAGGGCGAGCAGUAAAGGCCCAGGCUGGUAAGGCCUGCUCGGAGGUACUGGUUCAGAGGAGGCUGGAUGAGACCAGCACGUCACUCGAGGAAGCGCUGAAAGAUGUAGAGAGGAAACUGGCUCAGGACGACACUGACGGUGGCAGCGGCACAGUGAAAGCAGCAGGGAAUAUUCUGGAUGACAUCGGCAACAUGUUUGGUGACCUCGCUGACCAGCUGGAUGCCAUGUUGGAUUAAAUCCUCUUCAUUUCACUCAAGGCAAACUGAAUAGGAUCAGCUGGGUUCAAUGGAUUGGGUUGGAUUGCCUAGAUACCUAGGCUUUGACCCAAAUGGCACCCUAUUGACUAUAUAGUGCACUAUUUUGGACCAGAGCCCUACAUGUCCUGGUCAAAGUAUUUCACUAUAUAGAAAAUUAGCGAGCCAUGCAGAACGGUGCCCUAAACUUGCUUAGACUGAUCUGCAUGUUUCCAACAUCCACUCUCAUAGGGUGGAUGACAGAAAGUAUGAGGGAGGGGAAAGGAAGGGUGAGGGAAUGUGAAAGGGUGAGAGAAGGGAUAUGGGAGCCGUAGGGAGAGGGGAGCUGUAGGGUUGAGGAGAGCAGAUAUCUUACACAAACACUUUGUCAUCAGAAUUUUUUAUGCAAGCGCUUACUGAGGGAGACUGGGGGAGACUGGGGGAGACACCUUACUGAGGGAGACACCUUACUGAGGGAGACACCUUACUGAGGGAUACACCUUACUGAGGGAUACACCUUACUGAGGGAUACACCUUACUGAGGGAGACACCUUACUGAGGGAUACACCUUACUGAGGGAUACAGCUUACUGGGGGAUACACCUUACUGAGGGAGACACCUUACUGAGGGAGACACCUUACUGAGGGAGACACCUUACUGAGGGAGACACCUUACUGAGGGAGACACAUUACUGAGGGAGACACCUUACUGGGGGAUACACCUUACUGAGGGAUACACCUUACUGGGGGAUACACCUUACUGGGGGAUACACCUUACUGAGGGAGACACCUUACUGAGGGAGACACCUUACUGAGGGAUACAGCUUACUGAGGGAUACACCUUACUGAGGGAUACACCUUACUGAGGGAUACACCUUACUGAGGGAGACACCUUACUGGGGGAGACAGCUUACUGAGGGAUACACCUUACUGAGGGAGACACCUUACUGAGGGAGACAUCUUACUGAGGGAGACAUCUUACUGAGGGAUACAUCUUACUGAGGGAUACACCUUACUGAGGGAGACACCUUACUGGGGGAUACACCUUACUGAGGGAUACACCUUACUGAGGGAUACACCUUACUGAGGGAGACACCUUACUGGGGGAUACACCUUACUGAGGGAGACACCUUACUGGGGGAUACACCUUACUGAGGGAUACACCUUACUGAGGGAUACACCUUACUGAGGGAUACACCUUCCUGAGGGAUACACCUUCCUGAGGGAUACACCUUACUGAGGGAUACACCUGUGGGUUGUGUUGUUGGAAUAGCAUCAGUGAGAGGCACACACACCAGGACUUAUCUAAACUGAAGAACAUAACCCUGGAUCAAUGGUUUUGCUAGGCAGACAGCACAAUAACACAGAAAAGUGUACUGUGAUUUAUGACAUCGAGCACAGGUUUAUGACAGAGCAUGUGUGGCUUUGCUAAAGCUUUGCGCUGAGCCAACCAGAUUUUACCAAUGGGAAUAAGGGUCCAUUUUUAACAUGUAUGUAUUGUAAGUUGUAUUAUAUUCUCGUCUUAAACUUUACCCAAUGUUACGUUAAAGUGUGUCAAUAUUUUUAACAUGAGAAAUCUUUAACGUUCCUGAAAACUGAGAAUUUAGUUUACUUUGCAUUUGUUUUAACAAAGGGAGCACCUAUUUACUUCCAUGUUAAGUGUAACUAUGGCAUUUCAAAAGUACUUUCAUUUGUUUUAUCUUAUGUUAUUUAACAUGUAAUAUACUAUAGUUUGGUUAAUUAUUGUUGGAGUUGGGUAAGUAUCUAUAAGAUGACAUAUCUGAAUUAAAUUCCAUGCAUAUGUAUUUGUUUGUGAUUUACCAAAGUGGAAAUCCAGUGUUAGCUCUCCAAAGGCUUCGGGGGGGGGGGUGAAGGUGUUGCAGUAUGUUAUAUGGUUUGGUCGCAAACACAGUUCAGCGGGUGCAGCGAAAUACUUACGUUUCUAGCACCUAACAAUGCAGACAAAUGUUAGACAAUUAAAAUGUAAGAAGGGGAAAAAGAAAAUCAAGAAUGGUGGGAUGAAUCUGAUUAACAACCCAAAUAGCAGUAAUCAACUGUACAGGUGUUUAUACUACUGACAUGUACAGUGGCAAGAAAAAGUAUGUGAACCCUUGGAUUUAAUAACUGGUUGACCCUCCUUUGGCAGCAAAAACCUCAACCAAAUGUUUUCUGUAGUUGCGGAUCAGACCUGCACAACAGUCUGGAGGAAUUUUGGACCUCUUUACAAAACUGUUUCAGUUAAGCAAUAUUCUUAGGAUGUCUGGUGUAAACCACUUUCUUGAAGUCAUGCCACAGCAUCUCAAAUCAGGUUGACGUCAGGAGACUGACUGGGCCACUCCAGAAGGUGUAUUUUCUUCUGUUGUUGAUCUACUGUGUUUUGGGUUGUUGUCCUGUUGCAUCAUCCAACUUCUGUUGAGCUUCAGUUGGUGGACAGAUAGCCUAACAUUCUCCUGCAAAAUGUCUUGAUAAAGUUGGGAAUAAAUUUUUCUGCCGAUGAUAGCAAGCUUUCCAGGCCCUGAGGCAGCAAAGCAGCCACAAACCAUGAUGCUCCCAUCCACCAUACUUUAGGGUUGGGAUGAGUUUCUUAUGUUGGUGCGCUGGGCCUUUUUUCUCCCGACACAUAGUGUUGUGUGUUCCUUCCAAACAACUCAACUGUAGUUUCAUCUGUCCACAGAAUAUUUUUCCAGUAGCGCUGUAGAACAUCCAGGUGCACUUCUGCAAACUUCAGACGUCGCAGCAAUGGACAGCAGUGGCUUCUUCCGUGGUGUCCUCCCAUGAACGCCAUUCUUGUUUAGUGUUUUACGUAUUGUAGACUCGUCAACAGAGCUGUUAGCAUGUUCCAGAGAUUUCUGUAAGUCUUUAGCUGACACUCUAGGAUUCUUCUUAACCUCAUUGCGCAUUCUGCACUGUGCUCUUGCAAUCAUCUUUGCAGGAUGGCCACUCCUAGGAAGAGUAGCAACACUUACUCCAUUUAUAGACAAUUUGUCUUUCCGUGGACUGAUGAACAGCAAGGCUUUUAGAGAUCAUUUUGUAACCCUUUCCAGCUUUAUGCAAGUCAACAGUUCUUAAUCUUAGGUCUUCUGAGAUCUCGUUUGUUCAAGGCAAGGUUCACAUCAGACAAUGCUUCUUGUGAAUAGCAAACUCAAAAUUUGUGAGUGUUUUUUAUAGGGCAAGGCAGCUCUAACCAACAUCUCCAAUCUUGUCUCAUUGAUUGGACUCAGGUUAGCUGACUCCUGACUCCAAUUAGCUUUUGGAGAAGUCAUUAGCCUAAGGGUUCACAUACUUUUUCCAACCUACACAGUGAAUGUUUAAAUUAUGUAUUCAAUAUAGACAAUAAAAAUACAAUCAUUUGUGUGUUAUUAGCACACUAUAUUUUCUAUUGUUGUGACUUAGAUGAUCAGAUCAAAUUUGAUGACCAAUUUAUUCAGAAAUCCCAGUAAUUCCAAAGGGUUCACAUACUUGUUCUUGCCACUGUAUAGGCUGUGAGGUGGGUAGUAUACACACCACAUGAGGUUGGUGGCACCUGAAUUGGGGAGGACCGGAUCGUGGUAAUAGUUGAAUCAGAAUCAGUGGAAUGGUAUUAAAUACUGCAAAAGCUCCAUUCCAGCCAUUAUUAGGAGCUGUCCUCCCCUCAACAGCCUCCACUGAUACUCACCUUAACAUUAUAACAGGCUUGGAUGGCUUUCGCAGGGGUGGGCAACUCCGGGCCUGAUUGGUGCCACAGUUUUGCCCCAGCUAAAACACCUUACUCCAAUAAUCACCUAAUCAUGAUCUUCAAUUUAGAAUGCAAUUUGAUUAAUCAGCUGUGUUUGCAAGGGAUGGAGAAAAUGUGUGACACCAAUCAGGCCCUCGAGGACUGGAGUUGCCAAUCCCUGCACAGAAGUCUACUGCAUAGCCUCAGAGUACUGUACAUUGAACUGGACUGUAGUAAUGUAACCUACAGUAAACCCUGACCUAGUUAAAACAGCAAUCAGCAGUUGAAACAAUAACAAAGCACCCCUGUUUUGGUAAAAAGAUGAGGGAUGGGGCUUGAUAAAUCUAACCACUCAAAUGUAUAGACAGAGCUAUGGAUGGCAAGCACUGACCAUCGAUGAUCCACAUUAUACACUGAGUAUACAAAACAUUAAGAACACCUGCUCUUUCCAUGACAUAGACUAAUCAGGUGAAAGCUAUGAUCUCUUUAUCAAUGUCACUUGUUAAAUCCACUUCAAGUAGUGUACAUGAAUGGGAGGAGCCACGUUAAAGAAGGAAAAUUGAGACAUGGAUUGUGUAAGUGUGCCGUUGAUUGAAGUGUCUUUCAACGGGGUGUGAUUGUAGGUGCCAGGUGCACCGGUUUCAGUGUGUCAACAACUGCAACGCUGCUGGGUUUUUCAUGCUCAACAGUUUCCCGUGUGUAUCAAGAAUGGUCCACCACCCAAGAGACAUCCGGCCAACUUGACACAACUGUAGGAAGCAUUGGUGUCGACAUGGGCCAGCAUCUCUGGAACGCUUGACACCUUGUAGAGACCAUGCCCCAACAAAUUGAGGCUGUUCUGAGGACAGGGGAGGGGGUUCCUGUUUGGUGUACUCAGUGUUGUUUUAACCAUGUUUUGAGGCUAUAUAGUGUUUGUUUACAUUUAUUUUGUUUACAAACAUUUGAGUAAAACAAGCUUAUAUUUUGGAUUCUGAAGAUAGUUGUUCAAAGCUCAUGAGGCAUUUAUAAGUUAUAUUCCAGAAUCAAUGGGUACAUACUGUAUCAUGAAUUUAUAUCAAAAUUGUAUGUAGCCACAGCAGGAAAAAAAAUCAAACUUUGUUUCUCCAAUGCUGUUCCAGCAAUUGUUAUCAGAAACUGUGGGGUGGGUCUUGGCAAAUGUAACUGCCACUUGAAUUCUGUGGUAACCAGUGCCACCCCAAAACCAAAGACAAGGGGGCGGAUUUGGGCCCAUUUCAGUGAUAAGAAAGACGCUUUCGAAUGUAUUUAAUUUUCAUGAAUGUUUCUGAAAAAAGUGUUCUUGUUACAAUGACUACAUCGACUGACUUUAUUUUGUAUAUAUUUUUUAAAACUUAUAUUUACUUAUA